AUGCGGUGCUGCAGUCCUUCUUUCCUCUUCCUGCCCGCUCUGCCCCGGCCUGCGUGGCCCUUGGAACCUUCCCUGGCUCCUGCGGCCGUGCCUGUGACCGGGGAACCGCCGGGAACCGCCGGGAACCACGGGCACCGGCGCCCUGCGGCGCGGGCCGGGCUCCCGCGGGACGCGGGCAGCGCCUGGGGCUCAGGAGCGACGCCGCUGGGUGUGGCCGGGGCGGAGCCAGUGCUGGGUGUGGCCGGGGGCGCGGCGGCUCCGCGCUGGCGGGAGCGGCUCUUCGCCCUCUAUUUCCUCUCGCACAUCCCGAUCACGGCGCUCAUCGACCUGCAGCCGCUGCUGCCCGCCGGGAUCGCGCCGCGGGCCCUGACAGACCUGUUGCAGCAGUAUGCAGCUGCCUUCAGGGACCCCCUGAUGCUGCAGCCCCCUGAGUGGUUCAAGGCGUUCAUCUACUGCGAAGCCUUUCUCCAGCUGCCCUUCUUCCCCAUCGCUGCCUACGCCUUCCUGAAAGGUGGCUGCAGAUGGAUCAGGACUCCUGCCAUUAUCUACUCCACCCACGUGGCCACCACUCUGUUUGCCAUCCUGGCCCACAUCCUGUUCCACGACUUCUCCAGGUCGGAGCACGCGGGCCCUCAGACGCUGCGCGAGCGCCUCGUGCUGCUCUCCAUCUACCUGCCCUACCUGCUGAUCCCACUGCUGCUCCUGUUCACCAUGCUCUGCAACCCCCACUACAAACACGUGGAGAAGAGGAAAAGGAAGUAGCCGGCCCUGGAGGUCGUGUGUCACACCUGGGCUGCAUUUGGUGCCGACCCUGCGCUGGCGGAGUCCUCCGGGACAAACGUCUCCCUCCUGUUGGCUGCAGGGCUCUUCCCAGAGCACUGGCUGCUGCAAGGGAAAAUGGAAUUGGUUGGAGUGCACAGCCCUGCUUCGGCCACACACAGCUCUGGCAGGGGCCUGGGGUCAGGUCUGUGCAAGGCCUCUCUCCCAGGGAAAUGUUCUUUUAACCCUUUGAUGUGUAACUGUGAGGGGACAGACACACACUCACUCACACUCUGCAGCUGAUACUGUUCUUCCAAGGUCCCUUUUCCCAAGAUGACUGUUUGGAAACCACUCAAGUAGGAAAUCUGUCUUCCAACCACAUAUUCUGAAGAAUCCCCAGCCCAUUACACACAGAUUUGCAAAGCUGUUCUUUUGAAGCAUUUCAAAUCAUAUCAUGAUUCUUAACUUCCUUGCCCCUUCCUUUAAAAUUUCCACUGCCUUUGCUCUGCUUCAUUUUGAUUAAUUAUAAAUGUCUGAUCAAUGAUAAAUGUGCCAAAAUCUGGAUUCAUGAAUGCUUAAAAUUACCCUUGACAACCAGGAGUACUGCCCAGAGGAUUCUGAAGUACUUCAGGAAUUGUAACCAAGGAACUGAAAAUUUCUUUCUUCCCUAAAAUCACUUCUGGUAUGGAAAUAAAUAACUAAACGCA